AUGUUUUUUCAUCUUUCUCUUUUUGCCUGUUUGCCCUUUUUGGCCCUUGCUGAUAGCAAGAACGAGCGCAUUACUCCACCUCAGGGUGCACUGGUAGUGGAUGCCUCCGAAAAGCUCCAAAACAGUUACCGGAAUAUCAGUGCCGCAGUCACUGCCUUGAGCAACACUACCGCUGUGCAAACGAUCUAUAUUGCCCCAGGAGUCUACACUGAGCAGGUGUACAUCCCGCCUCUGGCUGGUCCACUCACUGUACAAGGCUACACCAAAGAUGCCCGCUCGUACAAGGACAACAAAGUCACCAUCACUGGCAACUUGUCUCGCCAAACACCUGGCCUGGCGAACAACGAUGCAACAGCCACAGUCCGCCUCUGGACAUCGAACGUCAAGCUCUACAACUUGAACAUCGCCAACACCUUCGGUCAGGCAGCGACAGGCGGCCAAGCACUUGCCCUCAGUGCCCAGAAUACCAACCAAGGAUUCUAUGGCUGCAGCUUUACCGGCUACCAAGAUACGGUCUACUCAAAUGAGGGGCACCAGCUCUACGCAAAGAGCUUUCUGAACGGUGCAGUAGACUUCAUCUUCGGUCUGCGCGCAUCUGCCUGGUUCGAGAAGGUCGACAUCGAAACAGUCGGGACUGGUUUCAUCACAGCAAACGGUCGUGACGCGGCGAACAACACUAGUAUCUACGUCUUCAACCAAGCAGAUGUUCGGGGCACAAGUGGAGCGAACUCGACAUACCUGGGUCGCCCCUGGCGCCAGUGGAGUCGUGUUAUCUUCCAGAGGAGCUACUUGGGAGACGUAAUACGCCCAGAAGGAUGGUCGAGGUGGGAUGCUGUACAGUCUGUGGAAAAUGUGGUGUACGAGGAGUACAAGAACUAUGGCCCUGGUGCGGCUGGACCGAGGGCGAACUUUAGCUCACAGCUGAGCAAGCCGAUUAAAAUCGAGGAUGUGCUUGGGCGUAACUUUGAGAAGGAGGUCUGGGUUGAUACAGCAUACUUGUGA